UUAUAUUGGCUUUUACAUAACUACUUCCAUACCAAGCUUUGUUUGUUUCCUCUUCGAUCUAAAUGGCUGUUUUUCAUGCAACUAUGUUCUACAAACCUCCUUUUCUCCUUUCUCUUUUCCUACUCGUCCUAUUUCUUCCUAAUCUCCACAUAACAGAUGCACAAGUAGGAGUGUGCAACGGAAGACAAGGCAACAAUCUACCGCCCAGUCAAGAAGUAGUCCAACUCUACAACUCCAAUGGCAUUCGAAGGAUGAGAAUCUACGAUCCGAACCCACAAGAUCUCCAAGCCCUCCGGGGAUCCGGCAUCGAGCUCAUACUUGAUGUCCCUAACGACAAACUCGAGAGUCUUGCUAACGAUGUUGCCGCUGCAUCAAAGUGGGUCCAAGACAACGUCCUGAACUAUAACCCAGACGUCAAAUUCCGGAUCAUAGCCGUUGGGAAUGAGGUCAAUCCCAACAACGAUGCGGCUCGCUUUGUUCCGUUUGUGCUCCCUGCCAUGUCGAAGAUCUACGAUGCAAUUGCUUCUGCUGGCUUGAAGGACCAAAUCAAGGUUUCCACUGCAACAUACUCGGCGCUCGUAAGCAACGCGUUCCCCCCUUCUCAGGGCUCUUUCGAUGGCGCCUCGGGGACAUUCAUGGGACCGAUCAUCAACUUCCUAAAGAACACCAACAACCCGGUGCUCUUCAACAUAUACCCCUACUUCGCCCGCAUCGGUGAUCCCCAAAACGUGCCUCUACCGUAUGCCCUUUUUACAGCAACAGGAGGCUUCCCACAAGACGGUCAGAAUCAAUAUAGAAACCUUUUCGAUGCCUUGUUGGACGCCGCCUACUCUGCUGUAGAGAAGGCAGGCGGACCCAACGUGGAAAUCGUGGUGUCAGAGAGCGGAUGGCCGUCUGAAGGCGGCAAUGAUGCUUCGGUGGAGAAUGCAAGGACUUAUUAUAGUAACCUUAUCAAUCAUGUGAAAGGAGGGAGUGGGAGUCCAAAGAGGCCUGGGAAGGCUAUUGAGACUUAUUUGUUUGCCAUGUUUGAUGAGAAUCGAAAGCCUGGAGACGAGAGUGAGAAGCAUUUUGGGCUCUUCUCACCCACCAAACAGCCCAAAUACCAACUUUCUUUCAACUAAAGAUAUGUAGUUGUGAGUUUUAUGCGUUAUGAAGAAAUGAGAAAGAAUAAUGUCAAGGAAAGGCCCCUACUUGUAUUUAAUUAAUAAAUAAUGAAACCUAGGCUUCUAUGGGCCUACCAAGGAAAAGAGAGAGAGAGAGAGAGAGAGAGAGAGAGAGAGAGAGUUAACACUCAAUGCCAUAUAUGUACUUUCUUGUGAAGAUAUCAAGUAUUACUUUCUAAUAUAAGAAACCUUUCUUUUACUA